AUAUCGAAGAAGAAUACGUCCAAGCACGUGAAAGUGAUAAUGUUGAUUUGUUAGUAAGAAAUCCGAAUCAUACGUUUUUGGAUGAUAAUGAUUCGGAUUCGGAUAAUAGUUCAGUAAAGAGUUUGGAUCAGCCAAUAGUAGAUGAUCUAAGUGAAAACUCCGAAUUGAAGAUUACAAAAGAAUAG